UCCCGCAUCGUACGCCGCCGACACAGCUUCGAGUUUUGGCAAGUGCUAACAUACGCCUCUGACACCAAAGCGACGCUCUCUGCUCCCAUAGAGAAGGCGAUGGUGAACGUGAUGGAGUGGCAGAAGCAGAGUUGGCAACCCAACGGUAACGCCGAAAUGAUGUACGUCAAAGUCAUGACCGACGAACAACUCGAGACUCUCCGCAAGCAGAUUGCGGUUUACGCAACAAUCUGCGAGCAACUCAUCGAGAUGCACAAAACCAUCUCUUCUCACCAAGAUCUCGCAGGGAUUAGACUGGGAAACAUGUACUGCGAUCCUUUGUUGGGGUCUAGUGGGCACAAAAUAGCUUCGAGGCAGAGGUGGACUCCGACUGCUAUGCAGCUUCAGAUUCUGGAGCGGAUAUUUGAUCAGGGAACUGGGACUCCCAGCAAGGAAAAGAUUAAGGAGAUCACUGCUGAGCUCAGCCAGCAUGGCCAGAUUUCUGAGACCAAUGUUUAUAACUGGUUUCAGAAUAGGCGGGCUCGCUCCAAAAGAAAGCAACAGAAUGUGGCACCCGGUGUUAAUGCGGAAUCGGAAGUAGAGACCGAGGUUGAUUCCAAAGAUAAGAAGACAAAGGCAGACGAUUUUUGGUCCCAGCUCAAUGUUUCUGCUGGGCCUUCUGAUAAUUUAGGUUUUCAGAACCAUGAUGAUCUGCCGUACUUGAAUGAGAAUUCAGAUUCAAACAAACCAGAUUCUGUUUUCCCGUCUGAUGGGAGUUUAAGAUCCACUAGAAAUUUCAACCAUGUGCCUGUUUUCGAUGGGCUGCUAUCGAACCCCGGGAAUGGUUAUCUUACUGGAAAAAUAGAAGCUCCUGAGAACUACGACUUAUACCAGCCAUCAGACGACUUCGACAUGGCAGGCUGACAUUCAUUGUAGUUUCUGAGACUGUGAUUAUCUGUAAAGAAUUGCUGGUUUGAUUUUGAGCUUGUGUGAAUGAGAAAAAAUGAACCAAUUGAAACAUGAGAACUUAUAGCUUAUAGUAUAUAGAUACCACGAUCUCUUAAAAUGGUAGUGGAUAUUUUACUUGACAAUGGAAAUAUAUUUGGGAGUUCGUAUUGAUACUGUGAA